AUGGGCUUAGUGCGUCGCUUGAGCGCACAUAUAAAAGUCUCGGUUGAGCCCAAGGCUUCUUAUUCCACCUCUAACCUUGGUAUCGAUCGGUACCACCACACAAUCACCACACGAACUAUGGAACUCGACCAAGCGGUCGAUAGCACGGUUGAUGCUAAACUUGCAAGUGAGGUGGAAAUCGAGCAGGUCUCUAGCAGAUUUGCGGGCCAAAAUGACAAAGAUUGGACCCUCCCUACACCUCUCGAACUCCUGCUGAAAGAUAAAUCGGACUCUGUCCAGUGGCAGAAAGAUCUGAUCCAAGAUUACGAGGCCAGCAAUAUCAGUCUGGAUGAUAUAUUGGCAACUAUCCCCUCCCAAUGUAGUUGGGUGCACGGCGCCCUGCCACAAUUCAAAACCUUCACAGGCCAACGCUGUUUGCUCUCCAUUGGGUUCUGCCCCCAGUACGGGGAGGUCAUCCCAGCAGAAGGCAUAGGUAGUGAUGCUCCUGCGCCUGAAUUCUGUUUUACAGACGUUGUAGCUAGUUCAGUUGGUCGUAUUUUCGGCCCUACGAUAAGCCUUUGCCUAGAGCGCGGUUCUCAAAAUUAUCGUGCCUGUCUCGCAGUUGGACAGACUGAAUUUCUCUGGUCUCUUUUAGCCACUCGCCUUGAGAUAGCAGUCGCAAGGAAAGAUUUUAAUAUCCACCUCACAGGGUGCAUUACAUUCUCGUCUGCCGCCCAAGACAUAGCCAAUUUCCUCGAUAUGCCGAUUUGGAAUAUUCCCGACCCAUCGAUCAUUGGCCGUGCUUCGCAUCUUACGAUGUGGCUUGCAAAAUUGGGCCGCCAGGAUUUAGCUAAGCAAUUAGCGGCUAUUGAUGGCAGGGACAUCCGAAGCGUGUAUGAAGUUCUCUGGGAGGACAUCAUCAAAGGUAAAUAUUUCGAACUAAACAUUCUCUUUCUUGCUGUUUGA